GCAAAAACAAGGUUACGGGCCGCCGGUGGGGACAAACAGUGUCAGACCCUGGCCGUAUUUGGUGUCGUGAAACGUAACCCCUUCUUUUUAAACCUUUGUUUGAAUAAAACUAGAGAACUCGCUUGAAAACCUGAACUUUCAUACUCCCUAUAACUUUAGAGACUCUAGAAUAAGGGACGCCCAAGGAAUGGGAGAGAAAAAAGGAAGCGGGAGCCAGGCUCUUAACACGGCCCAACUAGCCGCGUCUUCUACGAUUCUUGUCCGGUGUAAUAGAAUGAUUGAAAAUGCAGGAUCUGAAACCAGUUUGUCUGCCCUGGAAUUCUGGCCACUCAGCUCUGUGAUCUUGGGGGAACUUCAACUGGAUUUGGAGCCUGGGCAUCCAACUGGAAAGGCCUGCUUAGGAGUGUCUUGUGAAUGUGAUUUGCAUAACGGUUGAGGCCCUGCUGACGUCAAGGGGUCACUGCAGCUCCAGGUCAGAUCUAGUCCUGGAAGUAGUUCCUGCCACAGAACAGUCCCACAAUCACCCCACCAACCUUGCUUCCUACCCAGUUCUCGAAGUACCAGGAAGUGAAAGAAAACAGCAGAGCCCCGUGCCUCCAACUCACCCUUGUCUCUGUCAUCCCAUCCCCCAGGAGUCUACUUCCUCUUCCUUCUUUUACCUUUCAUCCCCUAUAUUUAGCCUCCCAGAAUGGGGCUAGAGGAGGGAAGAACGCAGGAGAUAUUAAACACAAGUGAGGGGAGCUUCCCCUCCUCCCUCCCACCCAUUUUCUUAUUGCAUUUGUGUCUACCAUACGUAGAGAGAGGCAAACCAUUUCUCACUCAAACUGAGAUAACCUGUCCUGAUGCUGGGAACGUUCUAUCCAAAGGAUAGAUUUACCACAGAGUCCUAAUAUUUGAAUCAAAUAUUUCAUUGGGCAGUUUUGAAUAGUUCUAAGGGAAGGGAGACUUCUAUCAAGGGUAACUUUCUCAGAGAAGGGUCAACCUCUUGGGGGAGGCUUUGAGGACCAUUCGUGUGGUCAGCCAUGUCCUCAUUCUGACGUCCAAAUUGUUCUGGGACCCUCCACUGGGGUUGGGGCAGUCCCAGAUUUGGACCACCCCCCACUCCCACGCCCAACCUCACAUCCUCAGCUGUUUCACUGGAUGUUGCAUCAGGGAGGGUGAUGAAAUCAGUGUCAGCGGAUUUUACCCAUGGAUGCAACAGGCUGAAGGACUGGCCAGGGUCACUGACACAGCACACCUUCAACUCCCCAGAACUCCUGGAUUUCCUAGCUGUAGGAUAGCGGCUGGGUGCUAGAAUAUCUAAAUUUGACUUCUGGCCCUUGCUUACAUUGGUAUCCCAAAAGCACCAUCACCUGAACUCCACAGAGCCUAUGAAACUUUUGGCCACUAAGGCUGAUGAAUCAGAUGGUUCGUAGCAACAACUCUCUCCCUCCAAGAGCCCUCCUAACUUCGACAGUGAGGCCUGAAGUGGGAGCAGAAAUACCUUAUGCGGCACUAUAUGGCUUCCCAGUUCACAAAGUGCAUCGAGUCCAUUCUCUUCCAGUGAAAAUUACUGUUCCCAAGGGAGAAAAAGAAACCCCCUGGUUCUCAGAUAGAGGACACCAUGUGGGAACCAAACUUCAUUCCAAAUUGAGCUCGCUAUCCUUUCGGGAAACGAAUACUUCUGUUUUGGUUUUUCCUCAGGCGGGAGGUAAGGAAAUUAGGUACUGGGGGGAAGGAUAUAGCUUUGAGAGGCAAAAAGAUGAGGGAAAGUUAAACAGGAAGGAACUUGAGACGAGAUUCAUUUAAAUAUUCAUUCCUCCUACCGCCACCCCCUCCACAAGCCAUUGCGAUUCAUGGAGAGCAUUACACAUAUGCCCCAUCCCAGGCCUCCAGCCACAGCAACCACACGUCUCAUUUCCCUUUGAACUGAGGCUGCAUACCUGGGCUCCCCGCGGAGGGGGAUGAUGCAGGGAGGGGAAUCCCACCUGCUGUGAGUCACCUGCCAGUAUAAAGGGCGGGCCUUUCAAUGCAGGGACCUUAAAAAGAGACUCAGAGACAAGGGGAGAAAAACAGCAGGAACCUGCUCAGAAACUUAGUGAACAACAGAAGGAACCAAACCAGAGACGCACAGAGCGGACAGCAUCAGGCUCAGAAGAAAGGGAAGUGGGCAGAGAUUCCACAAGGACCAGUUCGAGGCACGGAUCCAGCCAGAUUUGAGAAGCAGCCAACAAGAUGCUGGGGAGCAGGACUGUGCUGCUGCUGCUGCUGCUGCUGCCCUGGGGGGCUCAGACCCAGGCUGUGCCUGUGGGCGGUCGCCCUGCCUGGGUUCAGGGCCAGCAGCUCUCACAGAGGCUCUGCACGCUGGCCUGGAGCGCACAUCCGCCGAUGGGACAGGUGGACCUACCAAGAGAAGAGGGAGAUGACGAGACUACAGAUGAGGUCCCCCGCAUCCAGUGUGGGGAUGGCUGUGAUCCCCAAGGACUCAGAGACAACAGUCAGUUCUGCUUACAAAGGAUCCACCAGGGCCUGGUUUUUUAUGAGAAGCUGCUGGGCUCAGACAUUUUCACAGGGGAGCCUUUUCUACUCCCCGAUGGCCCUGUGGGCCAGCUUCACGCCUCCCUCCUGGGCCUUAGGCAACUUUUGCAGCCUGAGGGUCACCACCGGGAGACUGAACAGACUCCAAGCCCUAGCCCCAGCCAGCCAUGGCAGCGCCUCCUUCUCCGCUUCAAGAUCCUUCGCAGCCUCCAGGCCUUUGUGGCUGUAGCUGCCCGGGUCUUUGCCCACGGAGCAGCAACCCUGAGCCCCUAAAGCCAACGGCUUAAGGAUGGCACCCAGAUCUCCACGGCUCAGCAGUGCUAUAAUGAAUCAGCCCAGGCACCUGUGAGCCAACAAAUUAGUCCAUUAAUUCUAAUGAGACUUGCCUAUGUUGAAAAUUACCAAUACUGACUAAUUUAUGCUGCUGACCUAGGACAAAGUUGACUAUUUAUUAAAUAAGAAGGGAAAACUUGAGAUUAUUUAUCCUCAGGGCAGCAGUUUGGGGAGGAUUAUUUAUUAUAUUUAUUCUGAAUUAUGUACUUUUUUCAAUAAAGACUUAUUU